CAGACAUGACCAUGUGCAGCUCAUGUUUAAACCAGCAGCCUUUGGAAGGGAGGAGAUAUCUUGCUAUCGGGUGGAGUACAGAAUUGUAGGGCAGGAGAACUGGACGGCUGUGGACACAAAUGAUAAACAAGCAACCUUCACAAUAACAGGGCUACGUCCAAACACCACAUACCAGUUCCGAUACGCUGCAGUGAGCAAACCAGGGCUAAGCAUGAGAAGUGACGUGAGUGAUCCUGUGAAGAUGCUUCCUACCAGCCCUCCUGGAAAAUCAGAAAAAGCUACUGUAGAAUCAUCUUCCAUUGCCCUCACUUGGGCGAGUCCAAGUGUCAUUGGAGAUGGAGUCAGUAUAAGUGAGUAUAAGGUGGAAUAUAAAGAGGAAGCUGAAGAUGAAAGACAUGAGGGGAAAGAGAAAUGGCUGGAACGAAGGACAGGCAAGAGAACCGAGUUCUGUACCAUUGAUGGACUGAGGCCCCGGACGCCCUACAGAUUCCGGGUGUCGGCUGUGUGUGCGGACGGGACUGUGAGUCACCCAGGUGAGGAGGUAUCAAUUUCAACAUCAGGAGAAGAAUUAAAGACACUAGCACAAGAUUUCUGCAAGAAGAGCACUCUGAUAGCAAAAGGGCAGCCCUCAGUUUAUGCACUUCCAAUAGAGAAGGUGGCGUUCAGUUCUAAUGCAACACAUCUGAAGUACAGACUGGGGAAAGAGAACCUCCAGAUCCCUAACAAAGUCAUCAUGGUACUGGGAGCAACUGGGUCAGGAAAAACCACACUCAUCAAUGGGAUGAUCAACUAUGUCCUGGGUGUGCAGUGGAAAGAUGAGUUCAGAUUCAAACUAAUCCAUGAAACCACAAACAGAAGCCAAGCUGAGAGCCAGACAUCUGAAGUGACUGCCUAUGAAGUUAAUCACAAAAAGGGCUUCAAAGUCCCCUACUCCCUGACUAUAAUAGACACCCCAGGAUUUGGCGACACCAGAGGGAUAGAGCAAGACAAAAAGAUAACAAGGCAGAUUCGAGAGUUUUUCUCCACCCAAGGGGCCACUGAUCACAUAGACACUGUCUGUGUCGUAGUUCAGGCCUCACUAGCUCGUUUGACACACGCCCAGAAGUACGUGUUUGACUCAGUGCUCUCUAUCUUUGGGAAGGAUAUAAAAGACAAUAUACAAAUCCUGAUCACCUUUGCAGAUGGACAGACGCCCCCUGUUCUAGAGGCCAUUAAUACAGCUGAUGUCCCCUGUGCUAAAGAUACUAAGGGCAACCCUGUUCAUUUCAAAUUCAAUAACUCUGCUCUCUUUGCCUGUAAUGCUGGAGCUGACGAGGACAGUUUUAAUUUUGAUGAAAUGUUCUGGAAAAUGGGAGCCAUGAGCAUGAAGACAUUUUUUGAGUCUUUAUUUAAAUUAGAAACCAGAAGUUUAACGUUAACGCAGGAAGUUCUCAGAGAGCGGAAGGAGCUGGAGACAGCUGUGGAAGGGCUGCAGCCACAAAUCAAAGCUGGUCUGGUGAAGCUAGAGGAGCUAAGACAGACUCAGCAAGCGUUGGAACAGCACAGGGGUGAUAUGGAGGCCAAUAAAGACUUUGAGUAUGAGGUAGAGAAAACAGUGCCAGUGCAGGAGGACAUCUCUGGUACAGGUAACUAUAUAACAAACUGCCAGCGGUGUCACUAUAUGUGUCACUUUCCCUGUGGAAUCCCUAAUGAUGAUGGUAAGCACGGGUGUGCGGCUAUAGAUCAGAAUACAGGAUAUUGCACAGUUUGCCCUGGUAAAUGUGUCUGGAACGUGCAUUUCAAUCAAAAGUACAAGUGGGAAUAUAAAGUAGUAAAAGAGAAACAGACCUAUGCACGACUGAAAGAAAAGUAUGAGAAGGCAUCUGGUGAAAUGUUAUCGACACAGAGUGUGGUUGAGAAGCUGUCUCAGGAAUAUGCUGCAGUGGAAGAGAUAUUAAUGGAGCUUAUUGACAAAUCAUCUUACAGCCUCCAGCGUCUGCAAGCAAUUGCUUUGAAACCCAACCCGCUGUCCACUCCGGAAUACAUUGACCUGCUGAUCCUGUCGGAACAACAGGAACUAAAGCCUGGGUAUCAAGAAAGGAUAAAAUCUCUGAGAGAAGUGAGGGAAGUAGCUGAGAUAAUAAGAAAGAUUGCCAAUAAGGAGCCUCUUCUGCCAGGAGAGAAGGAUAUGUAUGAGAAGCGUAAAGAAAAAAAGUCUGGCUUCAAAAAUUUUGUGAAAGAAAAACUGGAGAUUUUUAAAGGCUUGUUUAAAUGAAAAUUGAUGGCAGUUUACCCAUGAAAAUGAAAUCGCCAGUUUAACCAAAGCAUGUAGCUGAGCCGUGAUUCAGGACUGGUGAUUCUUGUCUUUUUCAUAACAUUUUCUUUUAAGAUUCAAUCAGCCUGAUUCUCCUCUAACUUACACCAGCUUUAUUGCACUAUUCAGCUUACACCAGUGUAACUAACUGAGGAAUCUGGCCCCUUGAAUCGGAGGGAAAAACAUUUUAUAAAAAUAAAAAAAAAUUAGUUUAACUCCUUAAGAGGAAAUUGCUUCACUAUCUAAUGUUCACAUGAACACUUCUCAGAUCAGAGUUAGAAAUCCAUGUUCUGUUUAUACAAGUGCUUUCUCUGUCACUGCUUAUAUUUAUACCUGGGGGCAUUCUGUGCCAAAAAAUUAAAAAUUCUGCAUCAUAAAAUUAAAAAUUCUGUACACAGUAUUUUAAAAUUCUGCAAAAUUCUGCAUAUUUUAUUUGUCUAAAUAACACAAAUAUAAUCACGUCAGUUUCAAUUAUUUUGGCAAUUUAUUUCAAAACACCUGUCAGCAACUAUGUCUGUAGCAAUACAGACA